UAGUGAUAAUCCUUACCAAGUGGAUGAGGCCCCAGCAUCUGUUCACAGACCGAUCACAGAGGGCAAUGUUGGACAUAAACUUCUUAAAAAGAUGGGUUGGAGUGAAGGAGAGAGUUUAGGAAAGGACAACACUGGAAUUCAGGAUCCUGUCUGUGUGAGUUUUCGAAUGAAUCAGAAAGCCGGCCUAGGAUCUGAAGCAGCCUCUUCUAAAUCUCUGGAUGAUGUCGGGGAAGUAGCUAAAAACAAACGAUGGCUGGAAGCUCAACAGAGAUACAGGAAAGCUAUAGCAGACAAAAAGAUCCCCACACCUGCUUGGGUGAAAGAGAGCAAGCUCAAACCCAGUGAUUUUAAGUAGAAGUCGCCUUGCUUUAUAAAGGACGAUCAAAGCUUGUAAGAUCAGAAUUGUACAUCCAGGUAUCUCCUGAAUGGACACGUGGGUGUGAUAAAGACUGGAGACAAUUCAGAAUGAUACAGUGUCAGAUAUAUGUGAUGCUGCAUGUGUGUACAGUCUAAACGAGGAAACAGAACAGGACAUCCAGGGCAGCUAUGCUUAAUUACUGGUAUUAGUAAAAUCUCAAUAAUUAAAACAAAAGAAGGUUUUAUUUUUUGUAAAUCUUAAAUGAAUGCAAAAAGAUGACAUGUUACUUAGUUGUUUAUGUUUGAAUGCUUGUUGCAGUAAAAAUGUUAUUUAAAUGUAA